AUGAGCGAUCUCAACCGCCCGCUGAUUGCGGGCGGGAAGAGUAGCACACUCGCCGUCAGCAUGCCAGCGCUGAGCCAGGUGGAGGCGAUCAAGCCUAAUAUCAAAGGCGGUGCGCUUGCCGCUACGCACGACACGCUGCCCACCGGCAGACGGCGAGGCCUGAUCCCGCGGAUCUUUUCGAUGCGUCAGACCAUAGACGGCGAACUCGAGGUCUACGCUCACAUCGUCACUCACGCUCACCUCAGAGCCACCGGCGGCGCGGGGAUGAUGAGCCAGCACUCGCUUGGCUCCUUCUUCGGAGGAAACAAGGCGUCGGUUGGAUCCACCGCGUCGGUUGACAGAGAGGCGUCGGGCCAGAUGGGGAACACGACCGCCAUGCUCACCUUGCUCAAGGCGAUGAUCGGCCCGAUGCUUCUCUUUGUGCCGAGCAUGUACAAGCAGGCGCCGCGGUGCCGCCUCCUGCGCAAGCUCCGCCCCGCCGCCUGCGGCCGCGUCCCGACACGCCCUGGAACGGACCGGCCUCACCGGCGGCCGAUGCCUCCUCAGGUGGGCGUGCUCUUUGCGUCGCUGCUCGAGUGCCACGACGCGGUCCUCCGCGGCCAGAGGCUCAGCAGCGUGAGCAAGGGCGCCUUUGCGGAGAUCGGCCGGCAGGCGGCGGGCGCGGCAGGGUACGUCAUCGUCGACUCGUGCCUCGUCGCCUCGCAGUUCCUGUUCUGCGUCUCGUACCCGAUCUUCAUCGCCACCAACACGCGCGCCGUCCUCGAGUCGCUCCUCCCGCUGCCGCCCUCCGUCACCUUCCUCACGCUCGUCCAGCUGCCUGUUCUCGUGCCGUACUGCUGGGCGAGCCGGCAGUAG